AUGCAAGUGAUGGAUGAGAGGGUUUACGCAUCGACUGGAUUGCAUUGGUGGAAGUUUUUUUUUUGGAAAAGAAGACGGGCUGCUGCGGACUGUGACCUCAGGAUACUUGGAGAUGGCAGAAUCGGCUGUGCAGUAGAAAUUGUGGGAAAAGGUAGGUUGCGUCGGAGACUGAAAUUGAUAGCGAGGGAAUGGCUAGAGAUUGUUCAUUUUGCAGGAUUGGACACCAGAAAGAUUUGA